UCAAGCUCCAUAUAAUUAGAACAAAAAGGACAAUUAGAUACGUGCAGAUUAAAGACAGUUAACAAAAUAAGCUGAUAGAUCAUUAGUGGUUGACAUACGGUACCUGCGACAUCUGCGAUAUUUGGAGCGACGUAUUAAAGAACGGGAAUUCCUUUGGAAUUAAAUUGAAUGGUUCGAGUUCGCGACAACAACACAAAAAGAUUCAACCCAAUGUAUCCGAAUGCAGCCGUACCGGACGAAAAGCACUACUUUCGCAUUGACCAGUUGAGACCGGAAGAAAAAUUAAAGGCAAUCCAGCGAGUCGUCAAUGGUGAAACAAAAGUCAGUGUUGCGAAGGAUAUAAAUGUUUCUGAAUCAACAGUACGUGGGUGGUGCAGAAAUGUAAAAAGGAUUCAGUUCAUUGCAGACCGGGAACUGUUGACCAAAAAAACCAACAAGAACAGUUCCUUGCCGCAAGCGACCAGUGUGGAAUACACUCAAUCGACGAGUCCAACAAGCGACAUCGCUUUGGAUGCUUCUCAUAGACCAUGGACUGCAAAUUUGCAUAAUGUAACCAGUACGAGUACAACCAAUCAUGGUCGAAGCAUUCAAAUUGACGCGAACAAUCAGUAUUAUCCAGAUCCAUGCGAUUUACCAGGACGGUCAACCCACUCACUUUCACCCACACCAACGACCUCGAAACUGGAUCGGUCCGUUGUCGAAAAGCUGGGAUACAAUUCAGCGGCACUAAGUCUACCUCUCGAUUUGCGACUUCCAGAAGGUUUGAGCAUUCGUCCAAAUCCGGGCGUUGGAAUGGUUGACACAUCAAGUGACAACAGAAAAUGUACCUACAACAAUAUCAGUAUCACCAUCAGUAAAUACAACACCGAUAUUAGCAAGUCUGAUAAUAAUAACAUCAACGAUAGGAACAACAACACCACUGUCGAACGUAUGGAAAACUGUGACAACAAAAUCGACCCAUUUGAGGCAUAUCGGUGUGCUCAAAUAUUUUACAAUUGGUUUCAAACGUACAGCGAUCCAACAAUAACCUCACAAGAUUUUUUGAAAUUCGAAGACCUUUUUCGAAGAGUAGGAGACAUUACGCAGCGUCUACAAAAUUCCCCCCAAAGUGACAAGUCGAAGAAAGUAAGCUCACACCUGGAAAUUGGGAUGGACAAAUCGGAAUGAGGCACACGCUAAAAAAAAACGAGAACUAAGUUUUCCGAUCAUUUUCUAUUACGUUGGAGCACUUGAAGUAGAUGAUGGAAUUGUAAGGAAUUAUGUGACAAAAUAAAGUUUGAGAAAAUUGAUCA